GAUCUCAUAGUCUAAAAAAAAACCCAGGGUAAAACCAUGGUAUAAAAAUAACUGAAAAAUUUUUACAGCAAAGUCCUGAUUUUUUCCUACACCAGAGACAUGGUUACCCUGGGAGUGAUAGCAGGCUUAUUUUUUGUGGGAGCCUUUAUACUUCAACAGGGAAUAUUCGGGACAAUCAUUAAUUCUGAUGUACUAUCCGAAGGGACUUGUCAGUCGAAGGAAUUGGGAAUUUCAAUUACGUUGGAAUGCGACAUUAAAAACAUCGUAUUCAACAUACUUUCAUAUAAUUUAGCAACCUGCCAGUAUAUUAAUAAUUACACGUUAUAUUGUCACACCGAGGAUCCAGUGAAAUAUUUCCACAACAAAAGUGGGAUUCUAACCAUAACAACUCCAUUUAACCACACUGUCCAUGCAGGAAAAACGUUGUGGGUGAAUACGACCUGUGUCAACAGCAGCGAUGUCCAGGACAAUAUUAUUCUCAAGCCUUGUCUUUCCGAGUUUCAAACAAUGGCGUACCAUAACAACACACACGUUGGCAUUUCCUGUGAGCAUGCGUCCUACAGGUAUUCCAACACAGGUAUCCGCCUAGCUGUUGACAACGGCAACGAUUUGGCACACUGCAGCUGGAACGGAACGAACAAGUGUCAUGGGGAUGCUGAAGCUCUGAACAAUGGGUUGAGGUAUACUGCUCUGUAUACCAAGGGGAUGAAUUUUACCUGCAAAUUCGACGGUCAGUCAGUGAAUUUUGUUCCUCAACUACUAUCAACAAUAAACACAACACCUUCCUCCGCCAGACCAACAUCGAGUACACCUUCAUCACAGAGCCAAGAGAACGGAUCCACGGCCAAAGAUAACGGACAAACGAAAGUGACCAGUCCCUCUUUGAUGAUCUUUAUUUUGUUUGAUUCAAGAGGUUAAACUGAAUAUGAAGAGAGGCAAUCUGUAUAUGCAAGAUUCCUCUUACAGAGAAGACGAUGAGAACCUUGCCCGGAGAGAAGAGUCCAUUCAUCAGCUGAUAAUGGAGCAUCAAUAUUACAUGAAAUUGAUUAUGUCGUUCACUUGUAACACCGAGUUUGAUUAGACACUAGUUUAAAAUAAAGAUAGCUUUCAUAUUCUUUCUGGACUUAUAUUUUUAUUUUAUUUUAGGUAAGCCAAUCUCUCGCGUGAUGAAAUUACAUAGUGAGUGUCAAGAACAGUCUUAGGAGAAGGAGAAGGAGAAAACAAACAGUAUUCAAUCUCAAAGUCCAUAAAACAAUACAAAAAAAGAGCAGAGUAAACACGGGCCUCCUAAACAUCAGCGGUGGGAUCAUGUGCCAUGGAGGAAGAUGAACUUAACUUACAGAACGCAUCAACUCCAUACAGGACAAGGACGAAGAAACAUGUCAACACCUUCUUCAUAUUGAUACCAAUCAAUACUGACAUAAGGGGAGAAAAAAAAUCAGCUGCGCCAAGUUUAAAAUUUAAAACACAGAUGAUUGAUUGAUUGUAUACUGUUUAACGUCCCUCUCCAGAAUAUUUCACUGAUAUGGAGACGUCACCAUUGCCGGUGAAGGGCUGCAAAUUUAGGCCUAUGCUCGGCACUUACGGCCUUUGAGCAGGGAGGGAUCUUUAUCGUGCCACACCUGCUGUGACACGGGGCCUCGGUUUAUACGGUCUCAUCCGAAGGACCGCCCCAUUUAGUCGCUUUUUACGACAAGCAAGGGGGUACUGAGGACCUAUUCUAACCCGGAUCCCCACGGGAUGUCGCGGCCAUAAGUGCCGAGCAUAGGCCUAAAUUUGCAGCCCUUCACCGGCAAUACAUGACUACCUUUAAAUUCAGCACCAUAACCAUUAUAAUAAUACUUGAUAUCAGGAUAACUUAGCGAAACUCUUUGGCGAGGGAGGUAGGAAACGUCUGUUGGAUGGAGGUAAAUGUGCUAAAGAAUACAAUGCAAGAUCGAUCAUUGUAGAAUUAAUAAGGACAGUUAAGUAGAACAUUAUGGUAGAAUACCUUGUUAAACCUUGCUGAACCAGCCUAAUGAAUUUUUUAGAGGAGUUAAUCUUUAAAUGUUCCAAUUUUUGCUAUAUUUUUAACUAAACAGACUCUUCUCAUAAAAUUUUCAUUGUACUUUCGGCAUAAAAUUGUUCGAAUCAUUCGAUUGUUAUUACCGUAAACAAUGUCAUGUGCCCCAGAAAUCUCGCUAGAUUUCGAGUUUUCUCGAUUCACCCACAAAAUAGAGGUAGUAAGUUAAAACUGCGGGGUACUCACGAUAUUACGUAUUAAAAUAAAGAUUUGCCAAUAUCUCUGUUAAAUUUUAAACUUUAUUUUUUAGAAAUGUGAAGCUCCACCAUCCAUCCUGACUGGCAAAGUCAUAUGACAAGGAUGAAUUGGGAUUUUCCCUUAUGAUUGAACAAGGAGAAAACUUUGAGCAUCUUAAUGUGCCGAUGAACUUGGUCACCAAAGCUCUUCACUGUGAACAAAAUGCAGCUGAAAAAAACUCUUGCAGGAAAAAUUCCAUUCAACUGCGAAAUUAAAACACUGAAUGGAAAUGUACAGGACUUUUCUACUGCUUAAAUCAUCAUAGAUGAGGUGAAAUGUACAUAUGUAUGUACAUAUGUAUGAUAAAAAAAAACAUUCACAUU